UGAAAGCCGAUGAUAAACGGCCCGGCUACGAAAACUAACGUCCGAAUUCACUGAGGCAGGGCGGGCAGCUCGAAGCUGGACCUGCAGUCUCCCGGGACUGACCUUCCGCCGCGCUAGUCCUUCCUCCCAAGCGGGGCGGGGCUGGGGCUGCGCCUCCCGGCGCGGCGGGUGCGCCAGUGGAGGCGGCGGCUUCCAGGUGAGGGGGCGCCGGGCGCCGCGCUUGUAGCUGUCGCGGCCAUUUUGAUUGAGGGCCCGAGACAAAGCAAACUGGAAACACGGGACUGGCCUCGGCGGGCCUCACUGCGCGGGAGUGAAGUUCGUGAGACCGCGUUGCUGCCGUCUCUUAGGGGAGGCGUUUUCCAGGUCGGAUCAUCGGUGUACGUCUACCACCAGCAAUUCCUGUUGAGCCCCUGCUCUCUCCGCCUCUGCUCCCCGACUCCUGGCCCAGGUGGGGCGGUGUUCUCCACGGGAGGCUCCGCGGCUCCGGGCCGGCGAGGGGCCGCGCUGGCCUGUAUCCCGGGCUGGCACUUCCCAUGGCGUCACCUGUGGCUCCGCUCCCCACGCGGGAACCAGACUUGGCCGGGCGCAAGGGGAGGAAACCUGAGCCCGUGAGCUUCGCGGACGUCGCCGUGUACUUCUCCCGGGAGGAGUGGGGGUGUCUGCGGCCCACGCAGAGGGCCCUGUACCGGGACGUGAUGCGGGAGACCUACGGCCUCCUUGGCACGCUCGGUUUCAGAAGUACCAAGCCAGCCCUCAUCUCCUGGGUGGAGGAAGAGGCCGAAUUGUGGGGUCCGGACGCACGGGAUCCAGAGGUGGGAGAGUGUCUGACAGAAGCAGACACAGCAGAUUCCAGAAACAAGGAAGAGAAAGAACAAAGAGAAGGGACUGAGGCCCUGGAGGAGAUCCUCUCUGUGGACUCUCGGCCUCCUGGACUGAAGGCUCUCAAACCCUCUUCUGCAGGGCUCCUUUAUGGUUUGGAGCAGCCACGUAGGGUGCCUCGCUGGGGUCGCCCCCCACUCUGUGCCCUUCCCCCUGUUCCAAGGGCAGACCAGCGUCACGGUUGCUAUGUGUGUGGGAAGAGUUUUGCCUGGCGCUCUACCCUGGUCGAGCACCUAUACACCCACACAGGUGAGAGGCCCUUCUGUUGCCCUGACUGUGGUAAGGGCUUCAGCCAGGCCUCCUCUCUGAGCAAGCACCGGGCCAUCCACCGUGGGGAGCGGCCUCACUGCUGCCCGGAUUGUGGCCGGGCCUUCACCCAGCGCUCUUCCCUCACCACCCACCUACGGGUACACACAGGCGAGAAACCCUACUGCUGUGCUGACUGUGGCCGCUGCUUCAGCCAGAGCUCUGCCCUCCACCAGCAUCAGCGGGUCCACAGUGGCGAGACCCCCUUCCCAUGCCUGGACUGUGGCCGUGCCUUUGCCCAUGCCUCAGACCUACGGCGCCAUGUGCGCACCCAUACGGGCGAGAAGCCCUACCCGUGUCCAGACUGUGGGCGCUGCUUCCGCCAGAGCUCCGAAAUGGCUGCACACCGGCGCACCCACAGUGGUGAACGCCCCUACCCCUGUCCUCAGUGUGGCAGGUGCUUUGGCCAGAAGUCAGCUAUGGCCAGGCACCAGUGGGUGCAUAGGCCUGAGGCUGGGGGCCAUAGGGGUCGAGGUGCCAGUGUGUUGCCUGUGCCCCUGGCUCCUGACCAAGGGGACCUGGACCCACCAGUGGGCUUCCAGCACUACCCAGAGAUAUUCCAGGAGUGUGGGUGAUUGCUUCAGAUAGGACAAGGCAAAGGCUGAAGAUCUAGACAUUGCCUGAGGCCCAACCUGGGCCUAGGGGCCUGAACCUCUUUGGCAGCUCCAGGAAGGUCACAGAAUUCCUGGCAAGAAGUGGGCCUCGGGGAUGGGGACUGUCUUAUCUUAGGCCCUCACCAGCUUGAUCUGCUGUUUCUUGCUUCCUAUUGUCACAGACUCUAGAAGCCCCCUUUGCUGAGUUAGGCCUGAGGUUAGAACCCCCAUUAAACCUCUACUGUGGGGAAGAAAAGGGUAUUUUUCAGAAGUAUUAGGAGGAUUGAGAUAGAGAAGAACUUUGUUUUACCCAUUGUCUUUUUACUGCAGAAGUUAAAAUGGGUGACCAUGUGCUGAAUCUGACCUACAACAGCCUUUUUUUUUUUUCUCAGCCUGCAUUUAAAAGUGUUAUGAAAUAAUGGCCAGCAUUUAAAAGUGUUAUGAAAUAUUGGUUAAGAUUUACAAGUUCAGAUAUUUUACACAUAAAUCCAGGUUUCUGGCCUGUCUUGCUGAAUCCAAAGAUUUGGCAACUUGACCUGAGAUCCCACAAAACCACAAAGUGUGGGAGCCCCCUUUGGAUGGAGCUGGAGCCAUGUUCUACAGUUGAGCAUGCCUGCCACUCCUUACCUGCUCCUGACCAGCAUCAGCUGGCACUUGUCAUAGCUUGUGCGUGUCUCUGGCAAAGCAGACCCUCCACAUCUGGCAUUUUCCACUCAUGUACAUGACCUUUUGGGGUUCUGUUGUCAUUUGCAUUUGUAAACUGUAGUUGAUGGCAUUCAAAUAUUCCUGAAUCAGGGAGUCAGGUAGAGCACAUAUGUGAAAGGGUGGCAGAAGUAAAAGCAGGCUUUAUUUUAGAUCUUCGUGUGUAUUGCAUUCCAUGGUUCAUAAGAGUGCUAUCUGUCCAUCAACUCAUUUCAUGCUUCUUACUGCCUAAGGGAAGAAGCAUCUUGCUUGGAGAGGACAGCCCAGUCAGGAAGCGGUGAUAAGGACUAUCUUCUGCCCCAAACCAGCUGAUAUCUGCCAUACCACAGCACCACUCUCAGCUGACCAACAGUCCUGGUU